AUGUUCGAACAUUUCACAUUUGGCACGCUGCCUCAACCCCAUACAUGUCCGUCCGCUGCUGUCGACGACGACCUCCAUGCUUCCCCUCUCGAUACCUCUCUCCCUCCGCCCGUAUUUCCAACACAAUCAUCAUGUCCAUCCCCAAAAAGCUCAAAUUCUCCACAGCGCGGGAUCAACGACAUGGUAACGCGGUUCACCAACCACUCCCUCGCUCCCGAGGACGAGAUAUCACGACCGUCUAGUUGGCAGAACAGCCUUCCACCAACUCCUAUCAUCGAAUAUGACCCAACACCAGAUCCCUUUACCGGGCAAGAACUGUCCUACCGAUCGGCGAGGCGUGGUAGGACGAUGAGACGCUCCCGCCGCGGCUCAUCGCCAUCGCCAUAUCGCUCUUCCAGCCCAAGCCAAACCCUUCCCAGCAAACGAGCCCAACGGCAAAUAAAUGUUCAAAAGCAAAGCUGCUCAAGCCACCUGCGUGAUAUCCAUACCCUGGUAGAGAACAUGAUAGCCAGCAACUCGCAAUGCAACCUCCGCAAAUCAGCAUCGUUAUCCUAUCUCUCGAGCCCUCUCACCAGGGACAUAUUAAUCCCUGAUAUCCCCGAAUAUCCCGAUGGGGAACUCGUUCCGGACGACGAUGAAGGCUUUGAUGAGAUGGACGAUCCGCAUCAGUUUUUGAGACAGGCGAGCCUAAUACUAAGGGAAGUUUCGCUGCGGAGAGCGGGGACCCCUAGCGGGGUUCAGAAACAUAAUGGGUUGAGAUAUAGGGCGAGUGCCGAGUGCUUGGGAGGCAAUGGCCCUGGGCUGACACCGAAUGGGAGGGUGAAAGUUAGGUGUCUUCCGCGAAUGAGGAAGAGGCCGACCGUUCCGCCGGGAUGA